AUGCUGUCCAACUCCCAGAACCAGAACCCCCCGGGGCUUUUCCCCAACCCGCCCCCCCCUCCGCCGCCGCCGCCGCUCCAGCCGCAGCAACAGCCGCCGCAGUUGGCCCAGCAGCAGUUCCCGCAGUUCCACAUCAAGUCCGGCCUUCAGAUCAAGAAGAAUGCCAUCACGGAUGAUUACAAGGUCACCACUCAAGUGCUGGGGCUGGGGAUUAAUGGGAAAGUUUUGGAGAUCUUCAACAAGAGGACCGGGGAGAAAUUUGCUCUGAAGAUGCUGCAAGACUGCCCAAAAGCUCGCAGAGAGGUGGAACUUCACUGGAGGGCAUCUCAGUGUGCCCAUAUUGUGAAAAUUAUAGACGUCUAUGAAAAUCUUUACCAGGGUCGAAAAUGUCUCCUGAUAAUCAUGGAAUGCUUGGAUGGUGGGGAACUCUUCAGUCGAAUUCAAGACAGAGGAGAUCAAGCUUUCACAGAACGAGAGGCUUCUGAUAUAAUGAAAAGCAUUGGAGAAGCCAUCCAGUAUUUACACUCAAUCAACAUUGCACACCGGGAUGUUAAGCCAGAAAACCUCCUAUACACCUCAAAAAGGCCCAAUACUGUACUAAAGCUCACAGACUUUGGCUUUGCUAAAGAAACCACCACGCAUAACUCUCUAGCUACACCAUGCUACACGCCAUACUAUGUGGCCCCAGAGGUGCUGGGACCAGAGAAAUAUGACAAGUCCUGUGAUAUGUGGUCUCUUGGUGUCAUCAUGUAUAUUUUACUGUGUGGGUAUCCCCCUUUCUAUUCAAACCACGGCCUGGCCAUUUCUCCUGGCAUGAAGAAACGAAUCCGGAUGGGUCAGUACGAAUUUCCCAACCCAGAGUGGUCCGAAGUAUCCGAAGAAGUCAAACAGCUGAUCCGGAAUUUGCUGAAAACAGAUCCAACGCAGCGCAUGACAAUAACAGAGUUUAUGAAUCAUCCCUGGAUCAUGCAAUCAAUGCAGGUGCCCCAGACGCCACUGCAUACUAGUAGAGUUCUGAAAGAAGAGAAGGACCUAUGGGAAGAUGUCAAAGAGGAGAUGACCAGUGCCUUGGCCACCAUGAGAGUAGAUUAUGAACAAAUCAAGAUUAAGAAAAUCGAAGACUCGUCUAACCCGUUGCUCAUGAAGAGGCGGAAGAAAGCAAACCCCCCUGAGCCGAAUGCUCUUUCCCCCUGAGGGCUCAGGGGAGCCAAGCCUGGUGGUUGUGAAAGCAAUAACUAUAUCUAUAUAUAUUUUUAAAUGAAUCAAAGAUGACUGUCAAACGCAUGGAAUUCAGACCUUUGUACCAGACUAGUUAUUUUUUUAGCUGCCGCUUGUGGUUCUGACCUUUCUGGGGCCAGGCAGGAGACAGCUGCUCUCUGUACAAUACACACUCCCCUCCCCCUUGGUCCUGUAGGGAAAUAUUUUUGGUAAACUCUGCCCUGUUUUCCUUUCAGAGACACGGAAAUUCCUGUGGUCAGCAUUUUAAGGGUUAAUAAUAAUAAUAUAUUUUUAAAACUACUGUAGAACUGAAAUCCAGACAGUAAGAGUCCUGUGCUAGGUUUUAGAGGUAAAGGC